CGCAGAAAGCUACCCGGAUUUCCGACUUGCCUGGGCACGCCUCCCUCGUCUUACUUUCCUUUUCUGAACGGUCAGGUAGGUCGUUUCGGCCGCAUUUGGAUGGGAGCUUCUUCAACCCAACUGUGUCCUUUCAAACUACCCUUGCUGGCGGGGCCCCACUCCCUGCCUAAUUUUAUUUUUCGCCUGUAUGCAGUCUUUGCUGCUUACAGUGCUUGGUACUACUGUAGAUACUAUUUAGUAAGUAAUGUAGUAAAUGCUCGGAUUGGGUUUGGUGUAGGCGCUAUCACAUGACCUCAAUUGCUACUUUUUUUAUAUAUAAAUCUCCGGGGGGGAUUUGGCCAGACCUUCAUUGAACUGGCACUCAAUCCUUCAUCAUGCUGUAGGGUGGAUUUAUCGGUCCUGGCAAUUGUGCUAAUCAUUGAAGUGAGACUGCUUUUGCCAAUAUAACUACUAUUACUCCUUUGAUAGCUCAUGGACCUCAAUUCACAUUACUAAAUGCGGAGUACUAUUAUCCCUAUUGACUUAGGAAUGGUAGAUGAAAAAAAAAAA